GCAAAAUAUGCAAAGCUGACAGUGAUUACCAGGAUCACGUUUCUCUGUCUCUUUCUGGUAAACAAAGUGAUUGUCUCAGUGGGGGAAUGCUGGCUUCAGAAGUAGACUUUGAGCAGGCAGGUGAUGUGCAGGACAAUAAGAAAAUGUGCUCUGGAAAGAAAUUCCCUGAAAACAGCCGUGGAAGCAGCAGCUUACCUAUUAUUAGGAAUAGAUCAGAAGUUCGUCUGAAUUCGUACAAAACGAACACUGUCAUUUGCAAAGAGGAACUUCUCUUCAAGUCAAAGACCUCUCAUUCACAAGUUCAAGAUGAUGAUGCAUAUCAUAAAUUUGUGGAAAACUUAAAGGAUACAUGGCCUUCCAAUUUAUCUGCAUUCAAAACAUACAGAUGCCAACACUGCAGUUAUGCUACCACUGUUCAUAGCGACUUUAAGCUGCACUUAAAAAUACAUAUAGAUGAAAGACCAUUUGUGUGUAAAGAAUGCAAUAAGACAUUUAAAACAUCAAACCAUUUGCAGAAACACAGCCUUAUUCACAUAAGGAAUGGAUAUGAGUUUGGCCAUUGCCUCUAUGUAGAUAGCUGUUUAGAGAAUCUUGAAUUGCAUCGUGAAAUGCAUGUAGGCAUGUGUCCAGAAAGAGAUGUUCCUUCCUCGGAAGGUUCAAACAGUGUCCAUUCCUUCCUUGGUUCGGAAGUCUGUGGAGUACAGCGAGAUGUCCAGAGGGGCAAAGCACGUGAUUUGCUAGCACAAAGUCAGCCACGAUUCUAUCAGUGUGCAGAGUGCGAGUACGCUACUUACAUUUUAAGCAACCUUGAAUUACAUGUAAGAACUCACACAGGUGAGAAACCUUACAGCUGCAGCGUUUGUCAGAAGAAGUUUCGUACUUCCAGCCACCUGAAAAGACACAGAGUCACGCAUUUUAAUACGGAGCAUCUCAAGUGCAGGAACUGUGACUAUUCAACAAACAAAUGGUUGUCCUUGAAACAGCAUCUGGCUUCACACUCUUGUGAGGAAAGCUCAUCUACUGGCUGUCUCUACGAACAAAAGCAGCUACCUGUCAAAACGUACACAUGUGAAGAGUGUGGCUAUUCCACAGCCCACAAUGGAAACUUGAAGCCACAUUUGAGAAUUCAUACAGGGGAGAAGCCGUUCAAGUGCGGUCAGUGCGCUGUUGCUUUCCGCACAUCUAGCCACCUGAAGCGCCACUUACUGACUCAUUUGAAGUUGCACUGCAAAAGGUGUAGAUUUUCUACAGUAGAUAAAUGUGCUUUCCAAAAGCAUGUAAAAACACACAAAAAAAUGUACAAGUGUGGAACGUGUAAUGUGACGCUGCCUACCAAAAAACUUCUGGAAAAGCAUAAGCAGCAACAUAAGCUUGGAGUAUAAGCUUGGGAAUUGCAAGUUGGCACUUGGUUCUGGAGAGGUUUGCCUGUCCUGAAUUUGUUCAUUGCUUUACAUUCCCUUGCUGUUCCCAGAAUGAUGGCUGGUAAUGGGUGCAUGCAGCGUUUUGGUCCAGAGAGUGAAACUCGGGGUACUGGUUUGCUCUGGGUUAUUCUGAGAGCUUCACUUCUAGCACAGGCUGUGUUAAAGAAGAUCUUGGAGACACUUUUUCAUGCCCGAGUAACUUCUUAAUACCAUGAGGUCAGUUAUGAUUUGGCCAAUGUUCAUCAGUUUGAACAGUUAUUCUGUGCCACUUAUUUUCUUGUAAAAAAUUAAUAAAAAAAAAUCUGUCUAACUGAAAGAAUGUUUAAAGGGAGGGAAGGAAGUGGACAUUGUAUUGUAUAGUAAUAACUUUUCAUUUAAAAAUUGUCAAUGUGUUUGGAGGCUUAAUGCUACCUCCCCUCUGCUGAAAGUUGCAUUUCCUACUCCCAGGUUUUCUUGCAAUACUUGCAAGAGAAAAAAAAAAUGGUAUCUCACAAAAUUACAGAAACAAAACAUUGGUGCCAUCACUGGAUAAUUGGGAUAUGAAAAUGUUUUCUGUAUGUGUGUAUAUAUAAAAGGUUUAUUAGGCAGUUAUCUUGUCUGUACUUUUGAUAGAUAAUUCUUUGAGUAGUCUGACAGAAAUGGUAAUGUUGUCCUUAAUCGGAUAUUUUAUGAUACUGAGAAUCCUUAAAUUAAUCUUCAAGUUUAUGUAAGUGCCUAAUGUUAAUCUUGUAUGAAAUGCCUUCUCUUUUCUCAGGCUGGUAGUUACUGUGCUCUUCGUUUCUUAAAAUAGGAAAUAUCAUACUUUUCAAAGAACUUCUGUUAAUUUAACCACUUGCUGAUAUAUUGCAAAUACUACUUAGUUACACUGAAAACCGUAGCAAUAUCUUGAACUGUAAAAUUUGUUUUGUUGAAGAGCUUUACUGUGCAUAUAAAAUACCCUAUAUAAGGACCACUUGUGCCAAACAGCAGUUGUUACCUGUUAUGGUGAAGACAGACGGAUGCUUCUUCCACUUUAUAUUAAAAUCUAGGCAAAUCUGUGCUUGUUUUAUGGAGUUAUGCCGUGCUCGAAACUCUGUGUGGACAUCACUGACUGUAAUAUGCUCAGUGAUAACAGCAGCGUUACCCUCUUGUAUAAGGAAAAACAAUGGCAAAGGGCUGGUGCAAAUUGUCCCCUAACAUUACAGUUCAGUCCAUGAAACAGCAGAGUAAACCUAUAGCUUAAUUUAGAUAAUGGAAACAUGAAACUACCAGUGCUUUUUUACUGCUCUCAAAUGUAUGCUUUUCUUUAUAAAUAUAGAUGAUAUCUUGCAGAGGCUUUCUGGUAACAUCGGGCAGAGGUUGGAAAAGGUUGCCUAAGAGAGGUGGUGGAGUCUACCACUUUGGAGAUACUCAGAAGUCAUCUGGACAUGGUCCUGGGCAUCCAGCUGUGGGUGGCCCUGCUUGAGCAGGGGUUUGGAUCAGAUGACCUCCAGAAGCCCCGCAGCCAUUCUGUGACUUGGAAUGCAAUUUUCGAAGAGUGAAUUGAAACUCAUGAAUAGAUGCAUGUAUUUAAGGCUAGAUCAGCAAAGGUAUUUAGGUGAUCUAGUUCUUUGUAGUUGCAGUAAAAUCAGACAAGUAAAAUAUAUGUGACUGAACCCUGGUGGUUACAGAUGUUUUUACUAUAAGCUGGGAAGUCCUCAUUUGGGAAUGAGUGAUUCAGAUUGUAGAAUGUUUGAGCUAACUUCCGAAUACAGUUGUGAGAAAGAAGAAUGUUAUCCUGAUGUGU